AAACACAGUCGACCAAUUGCUUUGUCUCAAUGGCAGACGCAGAGUUUUGAAUAAAAAAAGCGCAUUUAGAUAAGAAAUACCAUCGUAGCUAUCGUGGUGAAAACAUUUAAAUAAUUAUUGCGAUUAUUUAUUCAGAAUUAAAACAAAAAAUCAUCACGUUUUCGGUUCGUCAUGGAUCCAGCACCAAAGCGAAGCCGACUUGAUUUCCAAGUAGCCAGCACGAGCACGUCCUAUUCAUCUGUGAAUAAUUUCACCAAACAAAUUAUACAAACUGGUGAAAUUUUUCGCUUAAACGACGAUUGCUUCGAAGCGAUUUUCUGUUGGUUGUGCGCUGAAGACUUGCCCGCAUUCAGUGAAACCUGUGUGCGUAUACACAGUUUAGUAAAAAUAUAUUUUGUGCGUCGAUAUGCAAACAAACGUACUGAAAUAGAAAGACUGAAUGGCAUUAUCGCCGUGAAGAAGUAUGCACCACUAAAAGAUGUCAUUCAAUCGAUCGCAUUUUGUGGCGAUCACAAGCCACAAAAAACAUGGGAUUGGGAAUUGCAAUAUAAACAUAAUCACGUCAAUGAUUUACUGCUUUAUUAUAUGCAGUCCGAGUGCAAUAAACAUCCAAGAUUUUUGAGCUUUGAACGAAUGGCAUUGAAUAAAAUGGACGGCGCAUGCAUCGCAAAUGCUCUGGAAACGGUAGACGAGGCUGUCUUUCAGAAUUGCGAAUUGGAUGAUUUUUACACCAAUAUUCUUCGGUAUUGUGACAAUAUCAAAAGAUUAACCGUGAAAAAGUGCGACAUAAUUUAUGCGGAAGAUACAUCAUGGUUGAAUCAACGAUAUCCAACGCUUGAAAGUUUGAAAAUUCAUCUGGACGCAUCACUGGAUCUUUCGGUAUUGGAUGAAUUUUUCGCACAAAAUUCACAGAUCAAAAAAUUCGCAUACAUAUCUCGGUUGUCCAAGCAUCCAACGAAAAUCGAUAAGGUAUUGUGCGCAAUCAGACAUUUGCAAUUGGAAGAACUAUUUCUAACCUUUGCCGUUGCGUGUAAAUUUCAUGACAUUUAUGCACAACUUCUGGUCAUAUCGCAACAACCACAAUUUAAACGUUUAGCUUUGGAAUUCGGAAGCUGUUUGGUAAAAGAUAUUUUAAUUGACAAUCUAAAUAAUCUAGCCUGCCUCGACAAAUUGUAUGCUUUACAUAUUCGUGAUGUUGACUUUGCCAAAGAUCUUCCAACUAACAUCGAUGUACUGACCAACUUAAAGGAAUUAUAUUUGAAUCAUACCCCAAAUACUGCGUAUGCAGCUGAAAAACUUGCAAUGAUUACACCAAAUUUAGAACUAUUGGUAAUCCGGGAUUCCGUUUAUUAUACACCGAGCUUUGCUGACUUUGUUCAACCGUUCAUCGAAUUUUUGCCAAAAUUAAAGAAAAUCGUUUUGUCAUACGAUGUGUUUUCCGGAUUCAAACAACGAAUUCCCGCUUUGAAUGAAAAACGACAAAAACUACAAGGAGCAUGUCCCGUGCAUAUUUGGUUGCCAUUAAAAUUUCCAUUGAAAGAACAACCGACAAUUGUUGGAAAGAGUUUGAUUCAAAUACGACCAAUGCUUGAUGUAUAUGAACACUAUUAGAAUCGAUCGAAUCUGAAUUUGUUUAACGAUUAAAGUGGACGUUCGAUGCGAUUUUGCUAGUACCAUUGAAUUGUAGACAUGACUAUAAACUUUUUAAUGAAUUGACUUGAAUUGUUUAAAUAAAAUGUAUCAUUUUAAAUUUAAAAAUUGGAA